CGACCGACGAGCGGUCCGAGCAGUCAGACUCUCGAGCUCGCGUACUCCCCUCGGUUCGCGCCUAUCUCAAUUUCUCAUUUUUCACCACUUUUUCGGAAGAGUAUCGGUAUCUUAAUUCAUAGACUCGCGUCCCCCCGCGAUAAUACGACUCGAUUAGUACAACGCGAAUGAAAAGUUUGAGUUUAAAACGAAACGAGAAACAACCGCUUGAUACGAAUAACCCUUUGGACCGUUCAAAAGCACCCAAAUGGGGACACAGCCACGAGAUGAAAGAUAAUCAGUAGAGUAGAAACAAGAAAAAACUCACUUUUCAGUCUUAAGGAGUCGCGAAAUUUUCUUUCUACUAGACCACUAAAAAAAAGUCAUGGCUCCGAUUGGCUGCUACGUGAAUUCCAGACGCUAGGUGGGAUCGCCUCCAUUGAGAUCCAACUAAAUAGAAGAAGAAGAAAAAUCAUGGCUUUGAUCACGGCUAGAACGAUUUUGAGUCCGGUACUUCGACGCACCGUGAAGCAAUUUUUACUCACCGGACGUCUGGCAAAAUGCAACCAAAGAAACCUUCUCAAUGGUCAAAUCUUUCUGCCUACCACAACCGCCCAGCGAUUUUAUGCAGAAAAGAAAGUUUUUAACCGUGACAAGCCGCAUUGCAAUGUCGGUACGAUCGGUCAUGUGGAUCAUGGAAAGACAACCCUCACAGCUGCUAUUACAAAGGUACUGUCGGAGCAAGCACUUGCGCAGGCAAAGUCUUAUACAGAAAUCGACAAAGCGCCGGAGGAGCAAGCUCGUGGAAUAACAAUAAAUGUGGCGCACGUCGAGUAUCAAACAGCCGUCCGUCAUUACGCCCACACGGAUUGUCCGGGUCAUGCUGAUUACAUAAAAAAUAUGAUUACGGGAACGGCGCAAAUGGAUGGCGCGAUAUUGGUCGUUGCUGCGACCGACGGUGCUAUGCCGCAGACACGGGAACAUUUGAUUUUAGCUAAGCAGAUCGGUAUCGAGCACAUUGUAGUUUUCAUAAACAAGGUCGAUGCGGCUGACGCUGAAAUGGUAGAACUGGUGGAGAUGGAGAUCCGAGAAUUACUGACAGAAAUGGGUUUCAAUGGAGAAAAUACGCCUAUUGUCAAGGGGAGUGCGUUGAUGGCGCUCGAGGGUAAAAGUCCGGAGAUCGGUAGUGAAGCCAUAAUGAAACUUCUGGAAGCUAUCGACCAGAGUAUACCGACGCCCGAAAGAGAUCUUGACAAACCAUUUUUAAUGCCAGUUGAGGCGGUUUAUUCGAUCGCCGGUCGCGGUACCGUCGUAACCGGACGUCUGGAACGUGGAAUCAUAAAAAAGGGUAUGGAGUGCGAGUUCAUUGGGUACAACAAGAGUUUCAAGAGCACAAUUACCGGUAUCGAAAUGUUCCAUCAAAUAUUGACCGAAGCUCACGCGGGAGAUCAACUUGGCGCCCUUAUUCGAGGCAUCAAAAGGGAUCAAAUAAGACGAGGCAUGAUUAUGGGUAAACCCGGCACAAUGAAGGCUCACGAUCAUGUAGAAGCUCAAGCCUACAUUCUCAGCCCCGCUGAAGGUGGACGAAAAAAACCCGUCUCGAACUACAUCCAACUUCAAAUGUUCAGCAAAACUUGGGAUUGCGCAACGAUCGUAACCAUACCCGAGAAAAAUAUGGCCAUGCCCGGCGAGGGUGCCAAAUUGGAGAUCAAACUAGUGAAACAAAUGGUUGUCGAAAAGGGUCAACGUUUUACACUGAGAGACGGCGCGCUCACUUUGGGAACGGGAGUUAUCACCAAUAUUCUUAAGGGUCUCACAGAGGAAGAAAGAUUAUCGUUGACGGAAGGAAAGAAAGGAAGAGAAGCCCUAGCAGCGGCCCAAGCCAAAAGUAGCGGUUAAAAUCUUAUGAAAUAAGCUUCUGUCGUUGACCGCGAAAAUUUGCCCUCCUUGGGGUAUUAUUAUUAUUAUUAUUAUUAUUCAGUGUAGUAUCGAACGAAAACAGUGAUCAACGGGUCUCGAGACAUUUCAUACUUAACGAAUUCACAUUCCCGUCAGAUCGAUCAAACAUUUUUUCUCCACGAUAAUUACUAAUUUUUGAAUAAUUAAACGAACACGAAAACAAUGUUUCAAACGAA